AGUGGACACAAUUAAGCAGCACACUCCAUCUUCUUGAUAUAUUCCAGAAUGAUUAUAAACUACCAGAAGUUGUCAUGAGCACUGCUGCUACACCAAUAAAUGCUAGUGCUCCUUUUCAGUUCUAUUGGGGUCCAGAUAAUGUGGAUGAUAAAUUCUACAUCUACAUGCACUUUAGUGAGGUUGAAAUUCUGGCAGAAAAUGAAACUAGAACAUUCAAUAUCUUCAUGAAUGGAAAGUUAUUCUAUGGACCUCUAACUCCUGGAUAUCUGACGACAAAUACCAUAUAUGCAAAAUCAGCUUUGACUGGAGCUACAAGGUACCUAUUUUCUCUUGCUAAGACAGGGACUUCUACUCUUCCACCCAUCAUUAAUGCCAUGGAGAUUUAUAAAGUGAUAGAUUUUCCACAAUCAGAAACUGAACAAGAUGAUGUUGAUGCUAUCACAAACAUUAAAAACGCUUAUGGGGUGGAUAGAAAUUGGCAAGGAGAUCCAUGUGGCCCAGUAGCAUACAUUUGGGAAGGUCUAAAUUGUAGUUAUGAUAACACCCCAAGAAUCACAUCCUUGAAUUUAUCUUCAAGUGGACUGACCGGGCAGAUAUCAUCUUUCAUCUCCGAGCUCACUAUGUUACAGUACUUGGAUUUAUCCAACAAUAGUUUAAGCGGGUCAUUACCUGAUUUUCUGACACAACUGCAAUCACUUAAAGUCUUAAACUUGGUAAAUAACAACCUUACUGGUCCAGUUCCUGGAGGACUUGUUGAAAGAUCAAAGGAAGGUUCACUAUCAUUGAGGUAAGCACCCAAAAUAUAU